UAUAUAAUUCUAUGCAACAGUGGUGGUUUCCCUGUUCAGAGACCAUGGAGACACGAUAUCAAAAGCUUUGGAGUUUUACCCGUCACUCUCGUACCGGCACCAUGGGGAGUGGACGUGUGGUGAGAAUGGGUUCUGUUGCUGCUGCAGGAUCUCUCCUCAUGUGUUGUGUGCUGUCGUCCUACGUGGCUGGUACAGACUAUUUGAUGACAUCCUCAAACGCCGACUUCAGUAUCCAUGCUGUAUCUGGGAGGCAGGGAGGUUUCUACUCCAUCACCUACCCCGGCCAGCGUCCACUGGAGAAUUCAAUACCCCCAUGGUCUGCACACACCAGAGACGUUGAUUCCAGCAUGGCAGUGGCAUCAGGAACUGAGGACAAAUCCUUCAGGGUCAGCAUCAGUGACAGCACCACCAUGAGAGUGUACGGCCGUGAUGCCUACGACGCCUACACCCCGCUCCCUCUCCCCGCCCUGGGACAACACUACGUGUUCUCUAACUGCCAUGACGCUGACGCAAACAUGACCACGGUGUUAGUAGUAGCUACAUACAGACACAACACAAAGGUUGAUAUCACCUUUAAAGUACAGACGAAUAUCACCGUUAGCGGCUUAACGUAUAACAAUGAAGAUGUUCUUAGUCUGAACUUGGAUCAGAAUCAGACAUAUACGUUAGACAGUGAUGCUGCCCUCACCGGGACGCGGAUCACCUCGGAGGAUCCAAUAGCUGUUUAUGCAGGGACAAGGUUCGAGGGGAUAAUUGCUACGUAUGACCAACUCUUACCCGUCAAACAUCUUGGUCAGGAUUACGUCAUUCCACGGAGUGACAAUGUGAACCAAAAUACUGUGAUAUUCACAAGUGUGAUGAAUGCGACCGGCAUCCAAAUUAACGGAGGAGGACUUUCUUUAACAUUUACGGGGUCACUUUCCCUUGGGGGCUUCUAUGUUGAUGGUGCGAUGGUUGUCAAUGCAUCCCAGCCGGUUCUUGUGAUGCUGUGUAGAUGGGGUGAGCUAACUACGAGAGGGUUUGGUGUCGUUCCGCCAAUAUCACUUCUGCAAAGGGAAACGUAUUUAGCCCUAGAUGGAGUGUCUUUGAAGGUUGUAGCACGGGGCAAUACAGGUGAUGCUGCAGCGACUGCACCUGGAGUUAGUUUGUCAGUUCAGUGGGGAGAGGGUCAAAGUUCAAAUUAUAGUAUUGGUACAUUGAACCCACCUUCAAUGUCAUCCUCCUCGUUUUCCAUCAAGUCAACAAGUGGAUUGGCGGUGUACGUCUUCUCUGAGACCCAUCUUUACACCGGGGGCUAUCACUUCCCCUUUGAAGACACACAAACUACGCCAGCUUCUUCAUCAGCUGUACCUUCGUCAGUACCAUCACUGGCUGACACAACAUCAUCGAUCUCCCCCACACCGACCAUAUCCGUCGACACAACAACGCCGAUCUCAUCCGUCGACACAACAACGCUGUUCUCGUCCGCAGACACAUCAACGCCGAUCUCAUCCGUCGACACAACAACGCCCAUCUCAUCCGUCGACACAACAACGCCCAUCUCAUCCGUCGACACAACAACGCAUAUCUCCUCCACAGACACAACGCCGAUCUCCUCCGUCGACACAACAACGCCGAUGUCCUCCGUCGACACAGCAACGCAGAUCUCCUCCCUCGACACAACAACGCCGAUCUCCUCCCUCGACACAACAACGCCGAUCUCCUCCCUCGACACAACAACGCCGAUCUCAUCCACAGACACACUAUGGCCAUUAGUAACGUCAAAAACAACAGGUAAAAUAAUCUCAAGUAUGAACAAACAAAUACACGAACAUUCCUAAAGACACGAUGUUGCCUUGAAUGGAAAAAUGACAAAAUCGGCCUUUUUUAUAAAAUGAAACAUUAUAAGUUGCAUCAGGAUCACAGCACAGGGGGUACAUGGGGUGUUAUGCGUCCCUCGUUAGGCGAGUGGUAUAUAAAACCUCACGAGGAACGCAUAAAACAACCAUGUACCCCGAGUGAUCCUGCUACAACAAUUUAUCAUACCCACAUGUUUUAAUAUGACAUUGUACAAGAAUUAAAACAAGUUCAAAACUGAUAGAAAGCAGCUGUUCGAUUGAGCUGAGGUUAACCUGUGCUAUGUCAUGUGACUUUCAUAUAUAGACUUAAAGCGUAAGGCGUUUUACUUCGAAGCGGGGUAUAAGGGAUCCCUUUUUCUGCGUCUCAGAAAUGCACGUGCUCGUGGCGGGGUAUAAGGGCUUUAUUCUCCCGCUGAGAAAUUCAUUUCCCUCCAAGGCGGGAUACAUUCUGACAUGGGGGUAUGAUAAAGUAUAUUAUCGAGAUCACCUGGACCAGUCAGAUCUCAUCAUUAUGACAUUGAGGUAUGAUUAACAGAUCUGUGACACGAUACAAAUAGGUUCCAUAUGUCAAAUAUGAAGCAAGACUCCUGGACAUAAUCUCUAAAAUCAGUUGUUCUCAAGUUGCAAACUACGAAAAGGGUCACAAAUGUGUAUCAGUUAAUAUAAUGAACUUAGCCAUUAUUGCCGGGUGAGAAAUGGAGAGCGAUAAGUGAGAGACUGGUGUCGCAUUGUUGUGUUCCGCGCGCGCGUGUGUGGGGUGUGUGUGUGCAAAUGCGUGUGUGUGUGUGCGUGCGCGUGUAUGCGUGCGUUGUGCGCAGAUGCACGUACGUUACAUGUUACGCUAUACCGCCUGUCCACAGCGGUCACAGCACGACUAUUUAUUCUUCACAGAUUCUAUGCGCAUAGAACACGCUGGCUCACAUAAACGGCUUCGUUAUUUAUUUAUUAAUCUCUAAAUGACAAUUGUUUCCAUUCAUCAUAGUAGUUUUAUUUUAUUGUUUCUUCUUUUUAUUAUUAUAUCUCUUUCUGUUUGCUUCUUUUGUGAGUUUAGUUUUGGCAUAAUCCCUUUGAUAAUUUAACUUAUUCGUUUGGCGGUUCGCCCCGAUUAUGUUUCUA